AUGGAACCAUGGAAUGACCUGCUGAGCACCCUCGAGCAUGACGAAAUCGAAAAUAUCUACCUGGCCGUCUGUGACCAGCGAUUGAGCUAUCCCUAUCAACCCUUAUACCCGCCUUCGAAUCCCGAAAGACAUGACAGUGGCAUCUCUGGUGGAUCUGCAGACGAAGACGAUAUCAAGCUUCCGCGACGCUCGGAUAACAUUUCUCCUGCACAACAAAACUCUACAGUCGUGUGCAGCCAACCGACUCAAGAGGACUUCGACAAUGCCGCUUGGAUCAGCACCAGACAGAAUGGCAUGACACAAUACUGGGCUCCUCGCUAUACCGCCGCACCCCACAAAAACACCCCAAACAGCGCCAGGUUUUGGAACAUGUCCAGUCUGAAAACAACGGCGAAUGCUCAAAGCACACGUAAGGGAUGUACCGCAGUGGAUCUGUCUGCAGGAUCUGGUGCUGUCGCAUUCGGCUACGCAGCAGCUGGCGUGCAAAAAGUCCUUUGCUGGGAUUCGAAUCCUUGGAGUAUAGAGGGCUUAAGGAGAGGUGCGGUCAAGAAUAGAUGGCCUGUUCAGGUCUACCGCGACCAGAUUCGGAGCAGGACCGUCAAGGUAUCCUCAAAGACCAGAGUGAUGGCAUUCGUCGAAGAUGGCGAUAAAGCCUCAGACAGGAUCGAUUGCUUGAGAAACUCUCUACCUCCGGUCAGACAUGUGAAUUGUGGACUUUUACCCACAUCUCGCAAUCUUCAUGCCACAGCAGCAGCAAUCCUGGAUCCGAAGCUGGGAGGAUGGAUACACAUACACGAGACCUAUCGUAUGGAAGAGGUGGUUUGUGGAGCCAACAAAACCAGAGCCGAGCUUGAGGCUAUUGUCCAAACGCUGGAUCGAGAAAGAGGGUACUUGACAGAUGUCAAAGGGAUCCCUAGAAGGCCAGUAGUGCAACACAUCCAGCGUGUUGGAUGGGACGCCCCAGGUGUCUUUCUCUGUGUCGUAAAUAUCCAUAUCCCUCCAAUUCGAAUAUGA